ACGCCCCCCCCCCCCAAAAAAAAGUCACAGCAUGUCACAUCGGCAUCCAGCUCUGCAGCAUCAGACGGUGCUGAAAACAAAAUGCACAGUGAACUGGGAGCUGUGAAUUGGGAAACAGAUGUUCUUCUAAGGGACACCCUAGAGGCAGCAAGGUGGUGUGAACUCCAAACAGAUGCUCUUCUAAGGGACACCCUAGAGGCAGCAAGGUGGUGUGAACGCCAAACAGAUGCUCUUCUAAGGGACACCCUAGAGGCAGUAAGGUGGUGUGAACUCCAAACAGAUGCUCUUCUAAGGGACACCCUAGAGGCAGCAAGGUGGUGUGAACUCCAAACAGAUGCUCUUCUAAGGGACACCCUAGAGGCAGUAAGGUGGUGUGAACUCCAAACAGAUGCUCUUCUAAGGGACACCCUAGAGGCAGCAAGGUGGUGUGAACUCCAAACAGAUGCUCUUCUAAGGGACACCCUAGAGGCAGCAAGGUGGUGUGAACUCCAAACAGAUGCUCUUCUAAGGGACACCCUAGAGGCAGUAAGGUGGUGUGAUCUCCAAACAGAAGCUCUUCUAAGGGACACCCUAGAGGCAGCAAGGUGGUGUGAACGCCAAACAUUUAAAGGCACCGGUUCCCUCCCUAGUGUAAUUGGGAUGGACGGGGAAGACCGCAUUACAACCCUUAAAGAACUACGGUUGUAUAAUGGCCUGGAUGAACAGGAAAAUAUUAUCAUCAAGGAGCCAUUCAUGUUCCAGUUACAGAGAGAUUAUGAGAUGUUCUAUGUGGAGGCAGUUGACAACAGGGAAGUGACCGAGGAGCAGGAGUGAAGCCAUUUUUGAGGAGUGGUCCAACCUUGUUUUUGUCUGCUGUGUUAAUUGUGUUAUGUUGUUUAGUAAAGAUUAUGUAAAAGUCA